AUGGGCCGACUGGAUGGGAAAGUCAUUGUACUCUCAGCUGCAGCACAAGGCAUUGGACGAGCAUGUGCAAUCAUAAGUCCUCAGUUUUAAUUUGCAUUCUGUAAGGAAGGUGCCAAGGUCAUUGCUACAGAUAUAAAUGAAGAGAAAUUAAUGGAAUUGCAGCAAUAUUCAGGUAUUCAAACCAAAGUUCUGGAUGUGACUCAGAAAGAACAAAUUGAAAAGCUGGCCAGAGAGACUGACAGAAUUGAUGUUCUGUUCAACUGUGCAGGUUUUGUCCAUCAUGGAUCAGUUCUGGAUUGUGAAGACAAAGACUGGGAUUUUACCAUGAACCUUAAUGUCCGCAGCAUGUACCUGAUGAUCAAAGUCUUUUUACCCAAAAUGCUUGCUAAGAAGUCCGGCCACAUCAUCAACAUGUCCUCUGUGGCAUCCAGCAUCAAAGGUGUUGUAAACAGAUGUGUGUACAGCACCUCGAAGGCAGCUGUUAUUGGACUGACAAAGUCUGUUGCUGCUGACUUCAUUGAACAAGGCAUAAGAUGCAACUGUGUCUGCCCAGGUACAGUAGACACUCCAUCUUUAAGAGGCAGAAUUCAAGCCCAGCCAAACCCUGAACAGGCGUUGCAAAAUUUCCUGCAGCGACAGAGAAUUGGUAGGAUAGCCACUGCUGAGGAGGUGGCCCACCUCUCUGUGUACUUGGCAUUGGAUGAAUCUGCCUAUGUGACGGGAAAAGAAUUUAUCAUCGAUGGAGGCUGGAGCUUGUGA